ACCUAACAGUCGCGUCUCUAUUGUGGGUGCACGCCCUAAGGCGGGAAUGACUGCAGAGCCACGAGACAAUGGAUUUACCCCUUAUCCCGCAUACCUAGGGGGUGCGUCGUCUCUCUCGGACUGCACGCUUCCCGUCGUCGAGCACAUGGUUAAGAGCUGCGGUAGCAGCAUCCGUCCCAUGCCUCAACGAGAGUCGGGUUACGCCGCCUCAAGUAGGAUUCUGCCACCCUUGGGGAAGAGUUUGACGAGCUGGACGGCCUGUGACCUGACCGCCAGUUGUCGAGGACGUGGUGACGAAGGCGCCCGACCCGCGCUCUUCGGUAUCACGCUGUCCUCUCCUCCUCUCCUCCAUCUCCCUUUUCUUCUGCUCCUUACGCUCCUCCUUCUCCUUCUUCUCCGCCUCCGUCUGCAAUCGAAGGGCGCUAUUCGCCCGACACCACUUCCAGGUGGCAUUGCCCAUGCCGAAAAGGGCGACAACGAUCUUGAUCGAGAACAUCGUCUCGUCGCUCCCAAACGCAUUCUUGCAAUGCAGCUGGAUGCAGAGGAAGACGAUGUCGGCACAGCCGGCAACGCAGAUGACCAACAUCCGCCAGAACUUCAGCCACGCCGUGGUGGACAGGGUGGCGUCCGGGAAGAGCUCCAACUCGGCCAGGUCGAAGACCUGGUUACCCCCGCCAAACAACGCGAACAAACCAACCGACGUCCAGGCGGAAGCCUUUUGCGCCACCAGCGCGCACAAUUCCCUUACCAAAAGCUUACCCCAACUAGGGAGACGGGACGAAGUGUCCGUACCAUUCAUGGCUGGCGGAGCCAU